GCAGUUGGUGGAUUGUUUGGUGCCUGGAUGACUAGUGGACAGUUCAAGCCGGUCCCUCAGAUUUUACUGGAAUUGUCUCCUGCUGAGCAGCAGAAACUCUAUGAUGAAGCUGUUGUCAUUCUCAGGCGCUUGGACUGGACUGACGUUGCUCAGCUGAUUGCUCUUGUAAUGGGAAAUGCUAGUCUCCAGCAGAAGUUGACAGCAGUGCUGAUAAAUUACCUCUCCAAAGACCUAAGAGCAGAUAUACAGUAUGGAGAAUAA